AGAUUUUCCCAAUUAUUUUGGGAUUUUCCCAAAUUUUGGUUUUUCCAGGUUUCCCACGCCUCCACCCGGACCCAAUUUGGGGCCAAAAUCCACGAAUUUGGGGCCAUCCAGGAGAAGCUGGGCAGGAUGGCGCUGCUGCAUUACGUCACCGAGUCCAUGGCCUUCAUGAUCAGCGCCAACAUGGACAGAGGCGACCCCGACUUCCAGAUCGAGGCGGCCAUCAGCAAAAUCUUCGGCUCCGAGGCCGCCUGGGCCGUGGCUGACGAGUGCAUCCAGGUCAUGGGGGGGAUGGGCUUCAUGCAGGAGCCGGGCGUGGAGCGGGUGCUGAGGGAUUUGAGGAUUUUCCGAAUUUUCGAGGGAACCAACGACAUCCUGAGGCUCUUCGUGGCCCUGCAGGGCUGCCAGGUGCUGGGCCAGACUGG